AUGGCAGCCCCCCAGUUGCCCCCCAUCCCUCCCCUUGUCCCAGCCGAACACGACUGGCAAACCUCCUCCACCGACUCUACAAUCCACCAACGCCGCGCGAUAGGCGCCGAAAACAUCGUCGGUCUGGAAAAGAGCAAUGCCGCCGGCGCCAACGACCUGUAUCUGAUUUCCAGCGUGCAAUUCGCCGACUCAAAUCUCACACUUUCCAAGCUGAAAGGAAAAGUUGAGCGUGCACUUGUGAAACAUCGCUAUGAACAUCCUGAGAUCGCUCAGACCGGUCUGUGGGAAGAAGGGCAGCUCUCGGCGCUGAUUCAGUACAAGCCUCUCACAAGUAAUGAAGAGGCUCUUACCUGGGCCAAGGGCAUUGUGCACGUUAGAGCUGGAAAGGAGACGGGUCUCGAAAUCAGAACGGAGCAUGAAAUCAAGCGGUUCCAGGAGAAGACUGGCUCCGCCAAAGCUGUCGUUGUCGACAUCGUUGCACCAGUUGAUGGGCUUGACGCACCGCUCGGAUCGACCAAUGUUGAAUUCGUGUUCCACUCUAAUCAUCUUUAUUUUGAUGGUAUUAGCAAACGUAUCUUUGUGGGCGACUUUUUCCGUUAUUUGGCGGAUACAGAUGACGAGUUGCCAGACCUCAAAUGGGGAGAGGAAGUGAAGAAUCUGGGUGCGCCGGUGUUGAGUUUGUUGAAGGAUGGGACUCCGACGUCUGGACCGGAGUUUGAUGGCACUUUUGGACAGUACGCUGGCGGUGCUAUGAGAGCUAUGAACAACUACGGCCUCGACCCCAAGGUUGGCUACGGUCUUCCACGAGUCAUUUUCCACACUUUCACAACAGCCGAAAGCGACGCAAUUUAUAAGUCUGUCAAAUCCAAGGUUGACCCCAAAGCAUCUCCAGCACACCUCGGUCACGCAGCCGUGCUACUUGCUCUACUCAAGGCGAAACCUACCACAGCAGAGACACCAGACAGCCAGGUGUACAUGUCCUCGUCGCCCGUAAACGGACGCCGGUUCUUGCAAGACGCAAAACUCGGCAAGACCUAUUAUCCGCUCGUACAGGCCAGUUGCCCAGUCACUUUUGAGAAUAUCAAGCAAUACAACCUCGUCGAUGCGGACAAGGAGACUAUCAAGAAGUAUUUGACGCAAGCUAGCAAAGUGGCGCAGGAUAGUUAUGAUGUCUGGCUCAAGAAUCCCUUGACUCUGCCGGUUGCUAUAUCGUUUCACGCACUUGUGACUAUGUUGAUUGCUUCGGGACAAGUUCCUGAGACCGGUCUCACUGCUCCGCUGUACACAAGCGACGGCGUAAACGAGACGUAUAUCGACCGCGAAAUCAGCGACAAGAGCGGCAACGUCGCCAUCACUGUCAACACCGUCCGGUUCUUCUUAAACCAGUACAUGCCAUUCUUGUCCAUCCGCCUCGACAGCUUCCGCGGCCGCUCCGAGCUCUCGCUCAGCUACAACGACGGCCAAUACACCGAGGAAGAAGCGUCCGCCUUUUUGAAGGAUAUCGCCUUUUUCAUGCUCCAAUUCAUCGAAUAA